AUGGCUGAAAGUAUUGUCACCGUUUUUCUAGAGAAGUUAACUGACCUGCUUUCCCAGGAAGCAUUUCUACUCAGCAGAGUGGAAGAGCAGGUGAAUCUGUUGAGUAUUGACCUCGAAUGGAUGCGCCAGUUUCUCAAAGACGCGGAUGCGAAGCGCAGAUAUGAUCCAAGAAUCAAGCUCUGGGUGAGUCAGAUCAGGGACGUAACCUAUGACGCCGAAGAUGUCAUCGACAGGUUCAUGUUCGAGAUGAAUCACCAACAGCAAGGAAGUCUCAAAUGCCUCAAGUUCCUUAAGUUACGAUUGGUUCACAAGCUCGAGUCUCGAAUCAGAGAGAUCAAUACCAAGAUUGAGAAGAUCAAGGCUGCCAAAUCAACGUUCAUUGUCGAAACCUUACCAGCUGCAAGCUGGCCCAACGAAGUUGUGCCACAUAGAGAGAGGAGGGCUCCGAUUGUGGAAGAAGUCAACGUGGUGGGAAUUCAAGAGGAUGCAAAAAGCGUCAAGCAAAAGCUGCUUAAUGGAGAGAUGCGGAGAGCUGUGGUGUCCAUCGUGGGCAUGGGUGGCUUGGGAAAGACUACCCUGGCUAAGAAAGUCUACAAUGAUAAUGAUGUCCAGCAAUGCUUUGAUUGUCAUGCUUGGAUUUAUGUCUCUCAAGAGUAUACAAUCAGGGAGCUUUUGCUAGGCGUUGCUGUUCGUGUUGGGAUUCUCUCCGAAGAGGAAAGGAGUAAAAUGAACGAGAGCGAUUUGGGGAAUAGUCUUCGUGAUUACCUGACUACCAAGAAGUACUUGAUAGUUAUGGAUGAUAUGUGGAGAAAUGAAGCUUGGGAUAGGUUGGGCUUGUAUUUUCCUGACUCGGUGAAUGGCAGCAGAGUGUUGAUCACCUCACGCAAUAAACAGAUUGGUCUUUAUGCUGAUCCACAAACCAUUCCCCAUGAACUUUCUUUUCUGACUGAAGAAGAGAGCUGGGAGCUCUUUCUCAAGAAAAUUUUUCUGGCUGGGAGUGCAAAUGCUGUUUGCCCCAGAGAAUUGGAAGAGUUGGGAAAGAAAAUUGUAGCAAAUUGUGGGGGUUUGCCCCUUGCAAUUGUGGUCUUGGGAGGCCUUCUAUCAAGAAAAGAAAAGACACCGCUCUCCUGGCAAAAAGUACUGGACAGCCUAACUUGGCACCUAAAUCAAGGUCCAGACUCAUGUUUGGGGGUCCUUGCUUUAAGCUACAAUGAUAUGCCGUAUUACUUGAAGUCCUGUUUCCUUUACUGUGGCCUUUUCCCAGAAGACUCAGAAAUCAGGACAGAUAAGUUGAUCCGCUUGUGGGUUGCAGAAGGGUUUAUACAAAGAAGAGGAGAAGAAAUAGCGGAAGACGUCGCGGAAGAUCACUUACAGGAAUUGGUACAUAGAAGCAUGAUUCAAGUGGCUGCCAGGAGUUUCGAUGGAAGAGUGAUGUCCUGUCGCAUGCACGAUCUGCUUCGAGACCUUGCCAUUUCUGAGGCCAAAGAUACAAAAUUUUUCGAGGGAUAUGAAAGCAUUGAUUCUACAUCCCCUGUUAGUGUUCGUCGACUAACCAUUCAUCAGGGUAAGAAGACUAAUUCUAAACACUUGCAUACUUCACGUAGUCUCCGAUCUUUCAUUUGUUUUUCUGUAUGCUUCCAAGAAAACAUUUUGAGAUCUUUACACAGGCGUGUCAAAUUGCUCACUGUACUGGACCUAGAACGCAUGCCUAUCAAUACCAUCCCAGAAGGCAUAGGAGAACUUAUCCACCUUAAGUACCUGUGCUUAAGGAGAACCCGCAUAAAAAGGCUUCCAUCGUCCAUAGGUCGUCUUACAAAUCUACAAACCCUAGACUUUCAAAGCACUUUCAUUGAAAUAAUUCCUUCUACCAUUUGGAAAUUGCACCAUUUGAGACAUCUAUACGGUCGUGGUGUGGUUUCAAGCCAGUCAGUGAUAGAUAAGUGCAGGAAUGGCCCUUUGAGUGUUGACCACCUAACAAACCUCCAAUCGUUAGGUUUAAGAGCAGGCAGUUGGUGCUGUGGUGAAGGCUUGGGAAAAUUAACUGAGCUUAGAGAACUGAUAAUUGAAUGGACCAAAAUGGCACAAACAAAGAACCAUGGAUUUUCCGAGUCAGUAAAAAAGCUAACUGCUCUUCAAUCCUUGCGUUUGUAUACUUUAGGAGCGGAAAUGUUUACCUUGCCGCACCUCAUGCCUUUCUCAGACCACACCUACCUUUACCAUCUAAGUUUAAGAGGAAGGCUCGAAAGGUUCCCUGAUGAAAUUGAAUUCUACCCUCCAAACCUCAUCUCCUUGGAAUUGGAAUGUUGGAAUAUAGAGCAAGACCCAAUGGUGACCCUAGAGAAGCUGCCAAACUUGAGAUUUCUCAUAUUAUCCCUUUGUUACUCUAUGGUAAAGAAGAUGGUCUGUACUUCUGGAGGAUUCCAGCAACUCGAAACCCUUACGCUCUGGGGUUUGAAAGAAUUAGAAGAAUUGAUUGUGGAGGAAGGGGCAAUGCCUGAUCCGAAGGAUUUAGUAAUUGAGACUUGCCCUAAAAUGAAAAGGCUUUCCCAUGGAUUGCUGCAACGAAAAAAUUUGCAGCACCUAAAGUUGUAUGAUUUGUCUCCUGAGUUAAUGGAUGAGCUUUCUCUGAUAGAAGGAGAAGAUCGGGAGAAGAUCUGCCUCGCCACCUCAAUACACGGGUGGAGGCGUACGGCAUCAUGA